AUGCAAUUGGUGCAGGUCCGCCUCCAGCAUCUGCUCCUGCUAUUCAUUACUUUGCUCGGCCUUGUUCUGCAUGCCAAAGCUGGUCAAGGCUUCACAAAUGGUCUAUCAAUUAUUGAUGCACCUAGUUCCGGCAGUCCUGGUCAUGCUGGGAGCGUCCUUCCCAUCGCUAUAGAUAUAUCGGGAGACGGUCAGCUGAGUUCCGAUGCUUCGAAUCCCAACUCGACAGCUUCGACGCACUUUAGUCUCUUGGAAAUAUACCUCGUAUCCUCCGAGACAGGUCUUAAUAUCACAGUGUCUAAUGGUCCUGGACUCUUGGCUCAAGAGUCCGGAAGUACGGUCAAACAUGUAAAUUGGCCUGUUCCCACUUGUGUUACUGCUGGAAACUAUAAUCUGACCUUGUAUGAAACUGCAAGCAUCAAUGGUCAACCCCACUUCACCAUCACACCCAUCUCCAUUCCGAUUGAGAACGCUAAUCCUUCCGGUAGCUCCUGCUCACAAACCACUAGUGUCACUAUUAAUCCCUUACAAACACAACCACAACCUCAGAACUCACUGACUCAAUCACCCUUCCCAGGAGGAAUUUCCAGCUCCGGGUCAGGAUUUGUGACGAUCACGAUUACUGGCCCUCUUCCGUACCCAAUGCCUACUACAGUCACUGUUACACCGUCAGCAACUCCCACAACCGUGGUUGUAGUAUCUAUGACUACGGAGACUGUAACAACCACCGGUCCUUCUGGUUUUAUAACGAAGACCUUGACGGAAACUGCCUGGUCUUCAAACGUUGCUGUUACUGCUGCAGCUAAUGACUCUGGUUUCUUGCCUGUAAAUGCCGGAACUUCUACGAGAAUGGAAGUUGGUUUGAUUUUAGUAUCGCUCUUCGUGACAUUUUGGACGCUUCUAACAUAA